UGUAAGUGCGCAUGCGCUACAAAUAUUUUCGCUGCAGGUUUUCUUUUCCCCCAAAAAAGAGAAACCUUUCUUCUUCUUCUGAGCGAGUGUAACUUUAUGGCCAAAUACAUGAGGCCCCCAAACACGUCUUUGUUCGUCAGAAACAUCUCCGAUGAGUCCAGGCCUGAGGAUUUGCGGCGUGAGUUUGGCCGAUAUGGGCCGAUAGUGGAUGUCUACAUCCCACUUGACUUCUAUACACGCCGACCAAGAGGAUUUGCAUACAUUCAAUUUGAGGAUGUGCGUGAUGCAGAGGAUGCUCUUCACAGCCUGGACAGAAAGUGGGUUUGUGGCCGGCAGAUUGAAAUCCAGUUUGCCCAGGGUGACAGAAAGACACCCAAUCAGAUGAAGUCAAAGGAAAGACAUUCUCCAGGCAGAUCCUCUCGAUACGACGACUACGAUCGCGACAGCCGGCGCAGACGUUCACGCAGCCGCAGCUACGAACGAUACAGAUCACGCAGCCCUUCUUAUGAUCGUCAUCGCAGACGAUCGGAGAGUCCUCGAGAGUCUCGUGGAAGGGUGUAUGGAGGAAGAAGCAGGAGUCGCGAGGAUGAAAGAUACAGGCACAGGCCUCGGAGAGAGUCCAGAGGCAGAUCUCGAUCCCGCUCCAAAUCCGUAUCUCCACGAGAAACUGUCAACCCGCCUUCGACUUCCCAUUACACUGAGGAAGAAGUGCGACGGACACACUCCCAAUCCCGCUCCAGGUCCCGGUCCGCAUCAAGAUCUCGCUCUCGUUCGCGCUCUCGGUCCCGAUCCUGGGCUGGACGCAAGUCAGGAGGACGCUAGAGAAGUACCUGCUCCCCCUUCUAUCCGUCUUUAUGUCAGAUGCGCCAGAGCAGGUCAAUCUGUCAGGAAAUGUUUGUUUUGACAUGAAUGUAACGUCCACUGAACCAUUUGUAGAAAGCUUGAUUUUUGCGGCUCCAUUUUAAGAUCAAUGCUGGUCCUUUGUGCUUGGGUUUAUAAAAACUGUAUUGGUGAUAUUUCUUAAUAGAAAUACGAAACGGUCAGCGGUUUGUGUUCAGUGGUAGUCGGCCAGGAAUAAUUGUCUUUUUUAUAUGCGGUUACUGAUAGUUUUGUUUUCUAAACCCUAUGCACCCGUUUCUGCAAAAAAAAAGAACGUUCAGUAUUUUAAAAUGAAUCCAGUCUUUUCAAACCAAAUCAGCGUUUCUGUGCAUUUUAUCACAUUUAUUACAAAUCACAUGCUUUUUGCUCCGCUGCUGACCUUUUAUCCAUAGGGGUUUCUUCCUUUUUGUCCCCACAGGUGUUUCUUGACCAUAUAAAAAGUAUUACUCAAAAACUAUAAACUUGCUUAAAACAUUAUCGAGAUAAUUACCAACCUAUAUUGUCAAAGCAGCCUUGACAUUCAAGUUUUGAGUCACUAAAGUGAUUUUUUUAGCAACUGCCUGAUAGAAAAACAUUAAAAAUGUAAACUGUACAGUCGGUGUUGGAAAAGGAUCAACAGUAGCAUCAAGUAUACAAGUAUUAAAGCUAAAAUACACAGAAACACUGCUACAGUCCUGAAGAUGUUGUCGACCAGUGACUUUAACCACAAACUGUUUAAAAUGUACAUUAAUCUGUUUUAAUUAUGUGGUGUUUUCUGUAAGAUCAGUUUUCUUUUUUGUUCAAAAUGUAUUUUAUUUUUGGAAACAUUUCUCCAAAUUUCCGUUUUGAGAGGAGGAACAAAAGUUUCUUGUUGGUGUUUACACAACUGUGUUGAUGGUUUUUCAGAACGAAUCUUGUCACUGCAUGUUUUAUUCUCCUAAUCUUCUAUCUUUAGUAGGAAGAAACUGUUAUUUUGAGUAAUAAAUGGAUAACAUACAGUAUAAGGAAAAGCUGUGUGACUUCAGUUUGUAAUUUCUGCUUGUAGAUGAAACUCUGUCCACUGAAGUUUUGUAAUAAAUGAUCGAACUGAACAUUAUGUAGGGCAUUUAAGGAGA